UCACAUGUCGUUAGACAAUUUCAUCUUAUGAAUCAUAAAUCACAUCAUAUAAUCAUUUCGUUAUUUCACCAACAUGUGAUUGAAUAUUGUCUAUUUCCAUUAUCUUUGUUUUAUUUUAUAUAUCAAUUAGGAUACUCCACACUCCUUCUAGCCCAAAGUCCAGUACGAUGAACAAAAUUUCCUGCACGUUGAGAAUUCUUUGAUCCUUAAAAUUUCUUCCUCAAUUCCUCUAUAUUUUCUAAUUCACAACACGAUUUUUAGAUUUGAUUCUUUUUGAAUGAUGUUUAUGAACAAGCUUAGUGUUUUGCUUGUGUAUAGACUAAAGAGUGCAUUUAGCUUUGAAGUUUCUUCUAUUAUUGAGUUUGAAAUUGAACCCUUAGAAAGGGCAAAGUGGAAGGCGUGUUUUGUUGGCUUCAGAAACAUAUCAUUUGGAACAACCCCAUUAAUAUUGCUUUAUUUGAACCACAAGUUAAGAGUUUCUAGCUUGUUGAGAUACACAAAGGCUUAUCAACCCAUAACUCAUAAUGGUUAUUCUCUCUGAACUCCUCUCAAAAGGAUCUUCAUCUUCUUCAUCAACUAGUGGUCAUAGUCCAACUGAUGGUCAAAGUUCAUCAAAUGAUGGUCCUAAUUAUGAUGUAUUUUUAAGUUUUAGAGGUGUUGACACUCGUCAUAGUUUUACUGAUCACCUUCAUAAGGCCCUCAUUGAUGCCAAUAUCACUACCUUUUUGGAUGAUGAAGAGAUUGAAACAGGGGAAGAUCUUAAACCAGAACUAGAGACUGCAAUUAAGGCAUCUCGGGGUUCUAUCAUUGUGAUGUCUAAGAAUUACGCUUCUUCAACAUGGUGUCUGGAUGAAUUGGUGUUGAUCCUUGAGCAGCAUAUGACAUCUGAUCAUAUUGUUAUCCCCAUAUUUUAUCAUGUUGAGCCCACCCAUAUCAGGAAGCAACAAAGUAGCUUUGGAGAUGCAAUGGCUAAGCAUAAACAGACAAUGGAGGCAGAGACGAAUGCAAAUAAAAGAAGUGAAUGGGCUCAAAAGAUGGACCGAUGGAAUAAAGCCCUUAUAGAAGUAGCUAAUUUAAAAGGAAAAGACGUCAAUGGAAGGCUAGAGACGGAAUUUAUUGAAGAAAUUGUGAAGGACAUCCAACGUAGGUUACAUGUACCCUUAAGGAGUGUUCGGCAACAACUUAUUGGGAUGGACUAUUCCAUUAAGUUCAUAACUUCAUGGUUGAAAGAUGGAUCCUCACAUACAGCAGACAUACUCACUAUUUAUGGUAUAGGAGGGAUUGGGAAGACAACUUUAGCCAAACAUGUCUAUGGGCUAUAUGCUCACGAAUUCCACAAAAGCAGCUGUAUUGAAGAUGUUAGUAGGGUAUGUGAUGGAAAGUUUAAUGGGUUGCUUGAUUUACAAGAAAAACUAAGCAGUGACAUUUCAAAAACAAGUUCCGUUAAAGUUCAUGAUGCUUCGGUAUACACCUCAAAGAUAGAGAAUGCAGUAGCACGUAAAAGGGUGUUUCUUGUUCUUGAUGAUAUUAGCACGCUUGAUCAGUUGGAUGCGUUACUUGGAAGCAAAGGUUUUCAUCCCGGAAGCAAAAUAAUUAUAACCACAAAGGAAAGACAUUUGAUAGAGAGGUGUGCACUAUUCAAAACAGACAUUAAACCAAAGCAUACAAAGCUCUUGCUUCAAGGCUUACAUGAGACCGAAUCAUGGAAACUUUUGUGUCUCCAUGCAUUCAAAUGCAACUAUCCCAAGACAGGUUAUGAAGGGGUGUUAUAUAAGCUUGUGAAGUAUUGUCAAGGACAUCCAUUGGCUCUUGUAGUAUUGGGAAAAUCUUUAUAUGAUCGAGAUGUAACUUAUUGGGAAGGGUGCAUAGAAGGGCUAAAGAAAGAAACAGAUUCUCAUGUGAAUAAUGUCUUGAGAAUGAGCUUUAACUCUUUGCCAUCCAAAAAUGAUAAGGACUUGUUUAAGUAUAUUGCUUGUUUUUUUGUUGGAAUAGAUAGAGAUGUUGCUGAAACAAUAUUAAAGGCAUGCAAUAUAAACAUAAGAUCUGGAAUCCCGAAUCUCCUCGACCGAUUCCUUCUUUCGAUUGGAUGGAAAAACAAAUUGAAGAUGCAUCAGUUGGUUCAAGAGAUGGGAAGGUUCGAAGUACGUCAAGAAUCACAUGACAAGCCAUGGAAGAGAAGUCUAUUAUGGUGUCAUGAGGAGUCAUUCAGAGUAUUAAAACAAAAAAAGGGUAAGGGAAAUCUUGUUGGCCUUGCCCUUGACAUGCGCAUGCUUGAGAAAGAGAUGUUGGGUGCAUCAUAUAAGUUAAAAACAGAUGCAUUAAGUAAGAUGGAUAAUUUGAUGCUACUACAACUCAAUUAUGUUCACAUGAAUGGGUCUUAUGAGAACUUUCCACCGGAACUAAGAGGUUUGUGUAUGCAUGGGUUUCAUUUGAAGUAUAUACCUUCAGAACUACCUAUGGAGAAUCUUGUUGCUCUUGACAUGUCAUAUAGCAAUAUUGAAUCAUUUAUCGGUUGUUAUAGUAAUCCACAACGACUUGAGAAGAGGCAAAAGUUGGAUGGAUUAUGCUUAAAAAACAAAAGGUUGCUUGGAUCAUUGAAGGUUCUUAAUUUAAGUUCCUGUAAACAACUUUGUAGUCUUGGUGACUUUAACCAAUUCCCAGCUCUCGAGAGGUUAAUAGUUAGAAAUUGCACUCGUUUGCUUGAGGUUAGUGAAUCAAUUGAGCAGUGUGUUGAACUUGCCCUCAUCGAUCUAAGCUACUGCAAGCAGCUUAAAAACCUUCCAAGAAUCAUAGGCAUGCUAAAGAAAGUUAAAACAAUGUUGCUAGAUGGUUGUAAUCUGGGUGAAUCUCAAACUGAGGAUACAAAUUUAGAUAUGGAUUCACUGGACAUGUGCAAUGCUAACAAAAACAUUAGCAUAAGCACAAGAACCUCUUCCUCCACCUUUGUGGGUGCUAUACCAAGCCGUUUGAAGUUUUUUUCAAGUUCUUUGUCAAGAUCUCUAGUAAGGUUGUCCCUUGUAAAUAAUAAUUUGUCCACUGAAUCCUUUCCUAUGGAUUUUAGUAGUCUGUCCUUGUUAAAGGAAUUAUAUUUAGAUGGAAAUCCUAUCCAUUCCAUGCCCAAUUGUGUGAGAACCCUUCAUAGGGUUGAGAUACUUAGUAUGCAAUACUGUAAUAAAUUGAAGUUAGUCGAACAUCCUCCACACACACUAAAAAAAAUGUGGCUCUAUUCUGAUCACCAGUCUUUAGAAAAAGUUGUAUUUGAUCCCAAAAUGUCUCCCCUCAUGUUAUUUUAUUUUCCAAGAAGUUGGACCCCUAGGUUGUAUGAAAUUGAAGGCAUGGUGAAAAUCCAGGCAAUGGUAGGUGUUAAGGAAAAGGUAUUACGUAGCUUGGGAUGGAUUAAUUUACUCCAUAACAAAAGGAACCAGGGAAAUAAUCCUAGGGAAUCUCGAAUGCAGAUGUUAUAUGAAUUUGGAAUAUUCAGCACAACAUAUGACGUAGAGGAGAUGCCGAGUUGGUUUAUUCAUAGAAGCGCAGGUCCAUCGAUAUCAUUUACAAUCCCAUCAUCAUCUCCAAACAACCUCCUUAAAGGACUCAACUUCUGCUUUCUGCAGACAAGGAGAGUUUCGUAUGAGAGGCCUUUAAUUCUACUUCAUCAUUUCCCCAUUACCCCGAUGAUCACAGUUAGUAAUAUAACAAAGAACCGCAUGUGGAUAUACGAAUGUAACACGGACAGAUAUAGUAUAUAUGGAGAGUGUUGGGUGGUGUUAAAUCAUUGGAUGUUUGGGAUGAAUGAGAUGGAGCCUGGUGACCAUGUUACUAUUACUGUUACAGACUCGCGUAGGGAACUUACAAAGGAGUGUGGGGUGAGUCUUGUGUAUAAGGAUGAUGGAGAGAAGAAGGAAGAAGAUGUGUUGGGUUAUUACAAGUCAUGGAAUCACAUAAUUGGUGGAGAUCUCUCUCCUUUUCAAACAACUACAGGACAAUACAUCCUAAACAAUGACAGAUUCUUUACACAUGGCAUUGUAUUAUAUCCCUAUCAUCGUAAAUUCGUUCCAGACGGCCCCGACAUUCAAGUAGAAAAGGAAAGGUUUUGGUUCAGAGCUUUAUCCCUAAGGAAGCCUGACAUAAGUGGUCGUGCACAUAAGGGUGAGGGGGAAUCUUCAAGGUCUCAUCCUUCAGAUGAAAAGGAUUGAGAAACAGAGGCUACAUGGCUGGCAUGAAUAGAAAAUAGAUGGGUAGCCUAAUGCUAUUGCAAAUUCAUUAUAUCCAGAAGAAUUAAGAUAAUAUAUACCAGCCUCUACUGCAAAGUUAAACACAUUUGGAAUUGUAUAGUUAUCAAAAUUAAAUACUUUUCGAUGUGUGCUAUUUCCCCAUGAUUCUUUUAAGCAUAGUUAUCAAAAUUAAACACUUCUCGAA